AUGUCUCGAGCGCUAGACAGAAUUCCAGCUCUACUCACCCCUAAAACCCCUCUUGACAGAAACGGAGGUGAAGGUGAAAAGGCUGAUCUUAAACAAUCUGGUGAUACCGAGGGCCAUUCAGCCCAAUUACCUCACCUGCCUCAAAACCCAGAUGCGGAUGAUUCAUCUUCGAGUAUCGAUAUCGAACAAUCCGAGGGUGUAACCAAGAUCGAAGCUUUGUACCUGGUCUUUGGCAAUGGUUGGAAACUUUGGACUUUAUGGGGUUCUAUCGCCCUUAUUUGUAUUGCUUAUUCUCUAUCGCAAAUGACCACAUACGCUUAUGCUGCAUUCGCUACUUCCGCUUUUGGUGAACAUACCAUUCUCGGUACGAUCUCGGUCAUCACCUCGAUCAUGUCUGGUGUGGCUAAACCUUUUAUUGCGAAAUGUGCCGAUUUGUUCUCACGACCAUGGGCUCUCGCCAUCUCGGUACUUUUCUAUACGAUAGGCUACAUCGUCGUGGCGUCUUCCCAGAACGUAGGAGCAGUUGCUGGUGGUGAGGUCAUCUACACGCUCGGGAACACCGGUAUCAACUUUGUCUCGUCCAUCUUAUUGGGCGAUAUCACAUCGUUGCAAUGGAGAGGUUUCGUCAACGGUUUAUACUCUUUACCUUUCAUCCCAUUCGCAUUUGUCGCUGGUGAUAUUGCAGCUUCGAUCAAUGCUUAUUCCGUGAAUGGUUGGAGAUGGGGCUAUGGAAUGUUCUGUAUCAUCGUACCGGUCACCAUCGCUCCCUCGAUCGCUGUACUUUUUUGGGGUGAUUACAGAGCCAAGAAAGUCGGUGCUCUGUCUCUCGCCUCAUCUUCGUAUGCCAGAAAAAGAUUACUCUCCGGAACGACUCAAGCCAGAAAGACCCCGAUCCAACUUUUAAUCCACUACGCACGACAGAUGGACGCUUUCGGUUUAUUGCUUUUGACAUUCGCUUUCGGUUGUAUCCUUUCGCCUUUUACUUUGAACACUACUGCCAAAGGUGGAUAUACCAAUCCCUCGCUAAUCGCGUUGUUCGCGGUUGGUGGUAUACUCUUUAUUGCUUUCUGCGCAUAUGAGUGGAAAGUUGCUUCGCACCCUAUCAUGCCGAGAAGAGUCAUGAACAAAACGUUUAUCUGUGCAUGCUUCAUCGAUUUUAUGUACUACUUCUCAGGCUCAUUAUCAGGUACCUACUGGUCUUCAUGGCUCUACAUCACCAAAGACUACAGUGCUGAACAUUAUACUUACCUCACGAACUGUUUGACCGUCGGAUUAUGUUUCUUUGGUUUCCUCGCUGGUGCAGUUCAGCGAUAUACCCAUCGAUACAAGUAUUUACAACUUUGCGGUCUCAGUAUCAGAAUCAUCGCUCAAGGCUUGGUUUACCUGUCAGCCAGCAAGUCCACUGCGGGAACAACGGCCACUAUCGUCAUGGGUCAGAUCCUUAUCUCCUUAGGAGGUGGUAUUUCGGUGAUCUCAUCAUCGGUCGCAUGUCAAGGAUCAGUUCCACACCAAGAUAUGGCAUUGGCCAUGGCCUUGUUAUCCCUUUGGACUUCGAUCGGUGGAUCCAUCGCUUCUGCUAUUGCGGCUGCAGUUUGGAAUAAGCAAGUUCCAGCCAAAUUGGCCUUGUACCUCGGUGAUACGCACAACUCGACUCAGCUCGCGGAGAUCUUCGGGUCGAUCUUAGUUGCCAGGACGGCUGAGCCUAGACCAUUGGUCAUCCAAGCUUACAACGAAGCUAUCAGACCACUUUACAUUGCUGCUCUUGUAACCUCGACUCUCUCUUUGGUGGCAGGAGCAUUCACCACUAACUUCUACCUUGGUACAACCCAUAAUGCUAUCGAGAAGAAGGAAGUCGUAUUCAGAUCAGCGGACGAGACUGCCCCCGAAGUCGUGGCUGCUAAGGCUAGAGAGGUAGAAGAGAAAAUCGCAGCAAAGUUAGCUGAAGGCGAACCGAGACAUUAG